AUGAACGCACUCAGAGUCAAGGAGACCUCAACGGCCCCUGCAGGGGGAGGGUCCUCUGGGCGGGCUGCGGCUUUGCCACUACACCACGCCCUGCGCAGAGCCCUCGCUGCCUACCUGCCAAGGGGGGCAGCGUUUUCUCACCCAGGACGACUCCCUCCCCGCCCAUCCUGGCUAUGGGUGCAGGCACCGCGGCUCCUGGCGCAUAGGCCAGUCCAGGAUGACCGCCCAGCCUCCAGGUGGACACCCAAGGCUGGCAUCCGACCCCAGCGUGACGGGACAAGCUUCCAGCAGUGUCCUCGUGGAGAAGGCGCGUGUGGGAAGCAGACCCCGCCGUGGGUGCUGGGCCCGCCCAACUUGAGGGGCUCCGCAGGUGGAGGAGGAGCAGGCUCCACCGAGCUGCCCUGCCAGGAAAGCGACACGGAAGCCGCAAGCCGCGGGGGCCACCCCGUCCAGACCCACUGGCGGCUCCUCCUGUCUGGACCGGCGCUGUCAGGCUGUGCGCCGGUCAGGGGUCCGCGGGAGCAAGUGGCCUUGCGGACGGUGAGCCCCCAGAUCCUCCCAGGCCGGGCGCUGGGGCUGGCGCUGUCCUACUUCCGGAGCGGCAGCGGGGCGUGUGGAAAGGAAGGUUCCAGUGGACCCUUCCAGCCGCAAGAUCGCGGGGGCCGGGGCCCGGGGUCUGCCCUGGCCCUCUCCGCGCGGCCCGAGGCCAGCUGCACGGUCCCUGCGGCGGUGGUGGCCGGGGAAGGAGCCGGGCCCGGCUGGCAGGUCCCCAGCGGCCGCCGCGUCCUCUGA